UCUCUCUCUAAUUUGACUUCCCAGCUCUCUCUCUCUCUCUCUCUCAAAUUGAUAGGGUUCCUUUUAUGCUGAGAUCGCAGCUCAAGGACUGUAAAGAGUAGAGGUGUACAUACAGCGGUGGGUAAACGAUGGGUGUCGAGAAUUAUCAUGUGAUUGAGCUUGUCGGUGAAGGUUCCUUUGGGAAGGUAUACAAGGGAAGACGCAAGUUCACUGGUCAGACUGUUGCAAUGAAGUUCAUUAUGAAACACGGGAAAAGCGACAAGGAUAUUCACAAUUUAAGACAAGAAAUAGAGAUUCUAAGGAAGCUGAAGCAUGAAAAUAUUAUUGAGAUGCUUGAUUCCUUUGAAACCCCGCAAGAGUUCUGUGUUGUCACAGAGUUUGCUCAAGGUGAACUAUUUGAAAUUCUUGAGGAUGAUAAGCACCUUCCAGAAGAACAAGUUCAAGAAAUUGCUAAGCAAUUGGUGAGAGCAUUACAUUAUCUCCAUUCAAACCGCAUCAUCCAUCGUGACAUGAAACCACAAAACAUUCUCAUUGGUGCUGGUUCUAUUGUUAAGCUUUGUGACUUUGGGUUUGCACGUGCAAUGUCCACAAACACUGUUGUUUUGCGAUCCAUAAAAGGUACUCCCCUGUACAUGGCUCCUGAACUAGUACGUGAACAACCAUACAACCACACUGCAGAUUUGUGGUCUCUUGGAGUUAUAUUAUAUGAGUUAUUUGUUGGCCAGCCUCCAUUUUAUACCAAUUCAGUAUAUGCACUCGUUCGACAUAUUGUGAAGGAUCCAGUCAAAUACCCUGACAACAUGAGUUCAAAUUUUAAAAGUUUUCUGAAGGGAUUGCUCAAUAAGGUGCCUCAAAAUCGUUUGACUUGGCCAGCUCUUUUGGAACACCCGUUUGUUAAGGAGACAAAUGAAGAACGGGAGGCUAGGGAAUUGCGGUCUACUACUGCUGCAGAAAGGGGGUGCGUUGCAGCAUGGAGGGGUGAAGGAAACAAAAUUCAAACAGCAGUUGGCUUGGCUGCCUCUGGUCCUGGUAAAGUCAAUUCUCCAGCUUCUUCAGAGGAAAACAGUGGAAUAAGUUUUCAGGAUGAUGCCCAAUCAAAUAUUCCAGACACUAAAGUUGCCAAUGCUUCUCCUAAUGAGGAGUUUCCUGGGUUUGCAAAUCCUGAUGAAGUUAAACAGUCAGGUUGUCAACUUCUUGACAGACUGGAAAGUAACUCCCGUACGGUUAAAGGUGCACACAUAAUUGGUCAAGAUAAUGAAGCAUUAGCACAUGUUUUGCUACCACUAAAGCGAUGCUCGCAAGGAUCCCAAAACUUUGGCAGGGAUCAAGACAUUCUUACUUUAAAUCAAUCUUUAGGAAUCCUUUCAAACUUAGUAGCAGCUGGUGCCAUCACUUCCAGUGGGCUGCUUGAUGAAAUCAUGCAUGAAAUUCUUGUUUAUACCACCUUCAUUGUGGGCAUCAAAUCUUCUGAACUUAAUGAGUUAAGAGCAAAGAGUUUCUCAAUAAUAAAAGUUUUGGUAGACACUGUCGGACAUGGCAUUGGAGGCUCAUACUUCAAGCACUGGGUUGCUUUAGCUGAUACUUUUUCACAGGUUGUUGGUUGCAGUGAAGAUGCAUCUGGAAGAGUUUUGUAUGAGUCCAUAGCUUGCAUUACUGUCAUGUUAACAAGAGUUAAUCAGAGCCUUAAAGCAUUAUUCUCCACUCCAUCUCCGCUGGAGGUUUCUGAUCGUAAUGAAACAGUGAAACAGAUUUUGGAUCAUGCUAAAACAUCUGGUUUAGUUGAUCAGCUUUGUCUCUGCUUAGCUACUGCUGGAGCAAGUCUUAUUUCUGGUUCUUCAAACAUGUUGCGUGCAGCAUGUGAAGCAUGCAAGGCUAUUUGGCUACUGGUAGAUGCAUCCGAGGUUUUUUUUACAAAAGGAAAUGCCAUUUCUUUUCCACUAAACACUAUGCACAGUCCAACAAGGGAUCAAGAUCGAGGAUGUUCUUUGAUUUGGACGGAAUCAGCAAAACUUGUAGCUGUAGUUACUAGACAAUUAGUUAGAUCUAAACCAGUUCAGGUUGCCUUCCUUUAUUGCCUUCAUCAACGUCUUGAGGCUUCACUCUAUGCUAGUAUUCAGCUAUUGAUGAGGUGCUGCUUGCAGAGUGGAAUUAUUCCUGGCAUUCUCUGUGGCCUGCCUAGUUCCUUACCUGUUACUACUGUUGUCAGUGGUGGGGGUGACAGAACCAUUAUUUCAGAGAUAUUCUCUUUGUUGUCUUUAUGCAUUUCAUCUCAAAAUAAAGAUCCACAAGCGACUGAGACAACCAACUUGAAGAGCAAAAUUACCAAUCCCACUACAUUGGUUAAGCAUUCCUGCCUCAUCCUUGCAUCAGUUGCACAAUGUCUAAAGGCGACUGGAAGAAAUUCUUCAUUGUAUAUGCUUACUACAUCAUCGAAGAAUCAGCUUGCUCGACUUUCUGUCCUUGCUCAUCAUUUUUCGUCUGGUGAGAGCACAAAUACCUCCUCACAAGCUCACAGUGCAUCAGCCAUGUUGGCACUAGCAUCUAUUUUGUCCCUUGAAUCUGGAGCUUCAGUUGGGUCUUCUGUCUUUGAGGUAGCAGUGCCUUUGAUUCCUCAAACCACAAAACUUUGUGAAUACCUCAAACUUUCAUCGCACAAUGAGAUUGUGUCAGGUCCGAGUGGCACCAGUGGUGUCCUUUCAAACUGGCAUGGCCUUAGGGAUGGAUGUGUUGGCCUGCUGGAGGCGAGACUGCGGUGGGGAGGACCCUCAGCGGUUCACCAACUGUGUUCAAGCAAUAUCCCACUUCUUCUAAUCAAUUUGCUAGCUAAAAACCAACAAUAUGCUUCUGAAGAAGAAUCUAGAGCAAGUGAUCAAGUUGGGCUUUCCCCUAUAGGAGUUGUUUGGACAGUAUCAUCUAUUUGUCAGUGCCUUUCAGGUGGUGCCUUAACCUUUCGUCAGGUUCUGCUUAGAAGUGAUCACAUCAAACUACUCUCAGACUUGAUUUCCGAUAUGCAUCUCAAACUUGUAAAGUCAUGGGUUGGGCCUGGUGGAGGAUUGGAUGGCGUGAGGGAUAUAACAAAUGCAAUAGUUGACCUCUUGGCAUUUCCUUUUGUGGCUGUUCAGAAUGCUCCAGGAUUGCCAUCAGCUACUGCCUCAGUGAACAGUGGGGCACUUCUGAAUAUGGGGUCGCCAGGUGUUAAAGUUGGCAUGGAAGACCAAGACAUGGUGAAAGUGAUUGAGGGUGACCUGGGAAAGUAUAUUGAGAUAUUUUUGGAGGUAGGAGUGCCUAGUAUCAUUCUUCGGUGUCUAGAACAUUUGGAGCUGAAAGAUUUGGGAAGACCUGUGGCCUUUCUGGCUAAGAUGACAGGUCAGAAACCAUUGGCGAUUCAACUUGUGAAUAAAGGCUUGUUGGAUCCUACUAGGAUGAGAAGAUUGCUGGUUCGUUCAAGUCCAAAAGAAGUUAUUCUGGAUGUUCUGAUGAUUGUUUCUGAUUUGGCUCGCAUGAACAAGGGAUUCUACGAAUACAUUAAUCAGGCGUCUCUGCUGGAGUUCUUCAAGGGAUUUCUUAUCCAUGAAGAUCCUAGUGUGCGAUCGAAGGCUUGCAGUGCUCUAGGCAACAUGUGCCGGCACAGCUCCUACUUUUACAAUUCCCUAGCAAAGAAUCAAAUCAUUGGUCUCCUUAUUGAUCGAUGUUCUGACCCAGACAAACGUACACGGAAAUUUGCUUGUUUUGCUAUUGGAAAUGCCGCUUACCAUAAUGAUAUGUUGUAUGAAGAGCUGCGGAGAUCUAUCCCCCAGCUUGCCAAUUUGUUGCUUUCAACUGAGGAAGACAAGACUAAAGCAAAUGCAGCAGGUGCACUAAGCAAUCUUACCCGCAACUCCGACAAACUUGUUGAAGACAUUGUAUCUAAAGGAGCCAUUCAGUCUUUGCUGAAGUUGGUGGCAGAAUGUUCAGUGAUAGCUCUGAAUCCAAGUAGGAGAGAUUCAGCGCAAGAGUCACCUCUCAAAAUAGCUCUGUUUUCAUUGGCAAAGAUGUGCUCGUAUCCGGCCUGCAGAGACUUCCUCGGUUCGUCUGAAUUGUACCCCGUGAUCGGAAGGCUCCGACAGUCCCCAGAAUCAUUAAUUGCCAACUACGCCACCGCCAUUAUUAACAAAGUCGCCUGAUCUUCAACCGGGUUUUGGACGAGCAACUGCCACUAAGUAGGGCAUCCACCAAAGUUUGCAGAUCAUGGGGUAAGCACAAUGCUUGCCACAAUAGUAUUCGUAUGUACGUAUGUAAAUGGAUCAACUGUAUUUGUCUGCUAUCUCUAAUCUGUGGAGGGGCUUUC